AGGACCAGGACUAUAGAUGAUAGCUGUGGUUCAGUGUUAAGUGUGUCAGAACAGACACUGGGAUGGUCACGGUUCAGUUAGAUCCGGAGACAGAGGAGGACAGACAUUCACGCUUCAGUGACUCCAUUCAGGUUCUGCUAACCAGGCUCAUCCCUGUGAGGAAUGAGAUAAAAAUGAGGAACACACAAAUUUCUCAGUUGAAAAGUAUCUACAAGUCUGCCAGUGUGCCAGUGAGGGAGUCCCUGGUGACGGCAAUCAAAGCCAUUCUGCUCCCCCAGGACGACGGGACCUGCCCCCUUCAACAGACUUUACCUGUGACAGGGGAUGGUAACAGUCUCAGUAAUCAGGUGAGUCGUGUGGUGGCCGAGCUACAGACCCAAGCCUGUACGGUGCUCGCUCAGUAUCUACAGGACAUCGAGUUCACUAAGGAGAUCAUUCAGCAUUGUGGAUCCACUAUUGAUAUUCUGAAGUCCCUGGCAAAGGAUUGUAAUAAUUCAGGAAGUAGACUGUUUUGGAAGUCCACUGCAACAGACUUAGGCUACUACACAAGGAUUGGGUUAACCUCCAUCUCCACCCAGCAAGCUUGA